UUAUAUUUGUUUUCGAAAGAAUCAGGCUUAAUUUAUUUCUUAUUUUAUUUCAAAACCAAAUCAUACACUUAUUAGAUAUUAUCGACUGGAUCGCAAGCUAGACAUUUUCUUUUCCUCGAAAUAAUACACAGUUAAAUAAAUAUAUAUAUAUAUAGGUAUUUAAAAUAUAUUCGUCGUAAAAAUGUUCACAAUCCACGAGGGAGAAAUUAUUUUGAAAGAAAAGUAUGGUUCUUCUUCCCUAGAAAGAUUGUAUAUAAAACCGCCUGAUCAAGCAAAUGUAAUGGUAUUAGACAGUGAAAAGUUUAGUGAUAUGUCUGGGUGGUUUGCCAGAGUGUUUCUACCCAGUGGAUAUCCUAACAGUGUUAGCAAGGAUUACUUAGCAUACCAAAUAUGGGAUACAGCCCAGGCUUUCUGCAGUACAAUUACAGGGAUACUGGCAACUCAAGAGGUUCUCAGAGGGGUGGGUGUGGGGGACACAAGUGCAACACCACUAUCUGCCACUGUAACUUGGGUGUUCAAAGAUGGAUGUGGCCAUCUUGGCAAAAUUUUAUUUGCAUUUAGCCAUGGUACAUAUUUAGAUGCUUACAGCAAGAAAUGGCGUCUUUAUGCUGAUACAUUGAAUGAUGCAGCUAUGUGCAUUGAGAUAGCUCUGCCACUUUUUAAAAACUACACAACAUUUGCUUUGUGUGUCAGCACUGUAAUGAAAGCAAUAGUUGGAGUUGCAGGUGGAGCAACAAGAGCAGCGAUGACCCAACAUCAUGCAAUCAGAGGAAACUUGGCUGAUGUAUCUGCUAAGGACUCUGCUCAGGAAACAGCUGUUAAUCUGAUUGCCUCUAUAACUGCAAUAAUGAUACUUACUAUAUUUGGGAACUCGCUGGUUAUAUUUUUAAUCAUGAUUAUUCUCCACAUAGCCUGUAAUUACUUAGCGGUGCGCGCUAUUUGCUUAAGGACGUUGAAUGAGCCCAGGUUUCUUCAAUUUAUUGAUCUCUACUUGAGACGUGAAAUCAUCGCUGCACCAUGCGAGAUCAAUAGAAAUGAGCCCAUUAUAUUCUAUCAAUUGGGACCAAAUUUAUUAGACUUAAAACUAUGUGGAUUUCAAAUAAAAAUGGGAAGAUCGAUAAAAAAAUUGAUGUCUAAAGUGAAUAAAACAUCAUUCUUGAUAAGACUCAUCGAAGUAUACAAGGACAGAAACUACAUACUUGUGCCAAACAUCAGCAACAGAAAAAUGUUUGUUCUUGUCAGAGAGAACGCUAGUACGGAGGACAUACUAUGUGCUUAUUUCCACGCUGUUUUACUUGCAAUUAUCACGUGUGCUAUCAACGAUUGUCCCCUGGCCGUGUAUCAGAAUUCCGGGGACAUUCGUCCAUUUGCCCAAAUCUGCCAUACAUUGCAGUCAGCAGAGUGGAGUCGUGAAGCGUCUGAUUUUGUCAAUUCUGUUAGCGGCUUCCAGUACGAACCCUCCCAUGACCUCACUGCCUACGUCGACAACAUAGUACAAAAAGAAUGGGAGUACAUCCGGCAUGUCUUAGUGAAAAUUGGUUGGGAUCUUACAAAACAUCUGCUUCUAGUAGACGAAUGGCGUGUCGGCUGUAAACUAAAACCUGUGGAACCGAUUGCACCGGAGAGUGAAGAGGAUAUUAAUGGUAUCAUAACUCCUAAUUCCAGAAUCAUCCCAUUUGGAGAUAUACUUAGUGAUCUUGAAAACGAUCACUGUAGUGAAAAAGAAACAUUUACUGUAGAACCUGAUGACUCGGGACUCAAAAUACGAUCACAUGAAUCGUCCAAAUCCAAAUCACUCAAAGCUUUUGAUUCAAAAUCAAUGGUAACAAAUACAAUUUUAGAGGGAACUCCUUCAAAAUCGUCAAUUAAAAGUCAAACUGUCAGCGUAAAAGAUGCUGCAACUGCAACUGCAACGACUACAACGCAAGCGAACCCGACAACAAUCGCGCAAACCAAGAAAGUAGACUGAUUUAUCUCCUAUAUGCGAUUUUAAAUAACGAUUACCUAAUUAUGAAGAUUUUGAUACAAGUCAGUGUAUGGAAUAAUAGGUUUGGUUGAACUUAGAGACGAAAUCAUUAUUAAUAACAUUCGAAAUAAGUUUCAACAUUCAUUUCCAUAAGAAUAAGACAUUGCUACGAUUUAAGAUUUUGAAUGUUAAAAUCAAAAUUGGUUAAAAGUUCGCGAGAGACAUACUUUGUACUUAAAAUGUAUAAAAUUUUGUAUCAUCAUCAUGGGGUGCCAUCUUCAAAUUGAAGUUUGGAGGUCAGCAUACGGAAACCCUCGCGGCUUUGGGCCGCUAUAAAAAAUACUAUUUUGUAUACUACGAGCAUAACACCAGAUUGCUAAUAUUCGUUUAUGAAAGAGAAUUGUCAGUGCACCUAGUCCGAUGUUCAGACCGAGACCAUACACUUAGUUAACGUACGCUCAUGUACUUCUGUACAAGUGCUGUAACAAAUAGCUAGUGUUAGCCCCAAGAGGCUAUAUCACCGAAUAUAGCCGAUAUGUUUAGUUCCGUUUCGCAAAAUAAGUCUAGGAAGACUUGGUACAAAAAUACAACUAUUACUAAUACACUAUUUAGGUAGGUACCUAACACUGUGUGAGACUGCAAACCUGUAAGAAAAAAAUCAUUUGCGUUUACUUAAUAAAAUAAAAGUAGGAUUAAAUACAUGUAAGAAAUAUGAAUAAGCCGAUAAUAUAUUGUAGACAUUAUGCGAUAGAAAUACAAACUAAAUGUUUAUGCCCCAAAUAUACUAGUUUCGAAAGGGGUUCGCGUUGUAGUGCAAGUCUAUUAAUUUGGGACUCUAAUAUUAUUUACUUUUAGCAUUCCUAGCAGGACCUGUAUAAUUUUAUGUAAAAUGCCAGUGCGUAAGCUAAAAGUUCCUAUUGUAUAUUAUAUAAUUAACAUUACAAUUAAAUUCUUAUGUGAAUGUCUUUCCCCGUGUUGUAAUUAUUCGUAAUCAAAAUUAUAACACGUAAAGCUUCCAUUUUGGAAACCCUGUAUGCAAAAAUUAUUCAUUAGCUAAUAAGUAGGUAAGUCAAAAUAAUUGAAGUAGAGUGCAACCCUGGGUGUAGCCAUAAAUGGAAUUUAGCAGUAACAUUAGCAUUGCUCAAUUUUACAAUAUAUGAGUAAAAUAAAUAUACAAAUAUAAAUUAAUGGUGCUUGAGUUAUUAUUACUUUUUAUUAACAUGCUGCAUUAAUUGUUGUGCUCUAAUGCUUAAAGUAAAAUCUUGGUUUCUCCCUGUUGAGUUACACCGCGAUUUGGAACACUGCUACACAAUCGAGAGAAAAUAUCCCGUAGUGUAUUCCCGUUCAGUAAUACACACUUCAAACCAAUGUUUUAUUGUCCAUUAAUAUUAUAUCUGGAUGUCAUUGUCGACUAUUACUGUAUUUAUUACAUUUUCCUAUUCUGUUAAACAUAUAAAAUACAAAAUGUUUACUCCUUGUUUUGAUCUUCGUAUUACUGAACGGAAAUAUAUUAUAGUGCCAUUAGGUAGCAGUAUCAUCGGGAGGAAGAUCGUUGCAAUGUGGGACACUACUACACAACGGGAUUUUUUUUCCUGUUUAGUAGAGUUCUUGAAAUUUUUUUGUAGUCUGCUUCUUUGGAAGAUUUUUAUUUCCAAGUUUAUUUUGACUUGCUUUAAUUAUUUUGUAACAAGAAUUUAUGUUACGAAAUUUUUUUACGGAUACGGUACCCUAAAAACUUGGUGGCAAAUAAAACAAAAUUGUACUACA